AUGUUGGCAAGGCACCUUGAAUACAAUAGAGUGAUGUUGGCCAAGCACCUUUCAUACGGUAGAGAGAUGUUGGCACGUCACCUUGAAUACAAUAGAGUGAUGUUGGCCAAGCACCUUGCAUACAGUAGAGUGAUGUUGGCAAGUCACCUUGAAUACAAUAGAGUUAUGUUGGCCAAGCACCUUGUAUACAAUAUUGUGAUGUUGGCCAGACAUCUUGCAUUCAGCAGAGUGAUGUUGGCCAGGCAUCUUGCAUUCAGCAGAGUGAUGUUGGCCAGGCAUCUUGCAUUCAGUAGUGUGAUGUUGGCCAGGCAUCUUGCAUUCAGCAGAGUGAUGUUGGUCAGACAUCUUUCAUUCAGCAGAGUGAUGUUGGCCAGGCACCUUGCAUUCAGUAGAGUGAUGUUGGCCAGACAUCUUGCAUUCAGCAGAGUGAUGUUUGCCAAACAUCUUGCAUUCAGUAGUGUGAUGUUGACCAGGCAUCUUGCAUUCAGUAGAGUGAUGUUGGCCAGGCAUCUUGCAUUCACUAGUGUGAUGUUGGCCAGGCAUCUUGCAUUCAGCAGUGAUGUUGGCCAGGCAUCUUGCAUUCAGUAG